AUGGAUUAUGGUCAGGAGCUUGAGGCUAUAGCUCGAUUCUCUAAGUCCCAGUAUCGGCCUUUCUUUGUUCGUUCGGAAGGCUGGUUCGAAACCGAUGAACACAUCUGUAUCAUUAUGGAGCUACUCCCUCUCGGAAACCUCCAUCACUACAUAAGUUCAGGUCUGCCGGAAGCAGAAGCAGUCAUGAUCAUUAGCCAGGUCUUACAAGGCCUUUCGCAUAUGCAUCGAGCAGGUUAUACACACCGCGACUUGAAGCCUCAGAAUCUCCUUAUUGCUCAAGGCGGCCCGCAAUGGAAAAUCAAGAUCGCGGAUUUUGGUCUCAGUAAGCGUCUGACCCAGGAUGCAUCAUCUCUGAGAACUGUCGUUGGUACUGCAGGGUUCGUCGCGCCCGAGGUCCAGGGGCUUCUGUUCGACGACGAUAGUGAGUCCGAUGACCCCGAAGACGGAAAGACGACCUCUUACACCAAGGCCGUCGACAUUUGGGCUGUCGGCGUGAUUACGUACAAUGUGCUCACAGGUCAGCUGCCAUUCUCAACUCCAAGACUCCUUGCAAAGUUCGUGCGGGGGAAGAUCGCUUUUCCCGGGGAGGAACUCAAUACUCGUGCGAUCAGCGAGCCUGGUCACAGAUUCAUCCUGGAGCUACUUGCGCCAAAUCCGCACGAACGGCUAGGCGUGGACGAAUGCCUGAACCACAGCUGGAUU